UUUUUUUUCUGCAAUAAAUUAAACGACUAGUCAAAUUAAACGAAAUGGAUUUACGAUCGUGGAUUUCGGAUAAUACCAUGAAGCUCUUGGGCAUGUCUGAAUCGGCCAUGGUAGAUUACAUUAUUGCUACUGGUCAAAAGGCAACAUCGCCACAGGAUCUAUAUUCAAAAUUAGUUAACACAGGUGCACCUAGUGAUCCCAACACACAACAAUUUGCUUUCGAAUUAUUUAAUAAAGUACCUCAUAAUCAGGUUCGUUCAGCUGCUACAGCUGCAGCAUUGGCAGAAAAAGCACAACGUAAAAAAGAGCAAAAAGAAGAAGCCAAAUUACGUAAAAUAAAUGAAUCAUUUAAAGUUAUACUUGAUGAUCAAGCUGAAAUUGAAGAUAAUGACGUGGAUAAAAAGCGUUUAAGUAAAAAAGAAAAAAAGCUUCGUAAAAAGAGACGUCAAGAAGAUUUAAGUGAUGAUGACACUGAAGUGAGGAAGACAGAGAGUAGUCGAUCAAAAAAAAGAGAGGAAGAAGAGGAAGAUAAUGAUGAUGAAGAAGCAAGAGCCGAGAGAGAAAGAUUAAAAGAUAUUCAAGAGCGUGAUGAACUUGCACAAAGAUUGAAAGAGAAAGAUAAAGAUCGUACAAAGAAACUUGUGGAAGACAGAUCAGCCAAAGAAGGCAGUGAGGCAUAUAAACGACGUAACCUUGCUGACGAUAAAGAAGCCCGUUUAGCUGCAUUACCUGAGUUAAGAAAAAGAUCUAAUCAAAAAUAUCUUAAAAUGCGUGAAGAGCAACAAUUGGCUCUUUUGGAACAGGAAAUUGAAGAUGAAAAGCGGUUCUUUAGUGGACAAAAAAUGACAAGAAGAGAAAUACAAGAAUUAGAGUAUAAAGAAGAGCUAUUACGUUUAGCUAAAGCAAGAAUGAAUAUUGAUACUAAGGAAGACGCCUAUAUAAUGCCCGAAGAUUACAUUACUGAAAAAGGCAAAAUUGAUAGAAAAAAGAAAGAAAGUGCACUUUACAAACGUUAUGAGGAGGAUGAGAAAUAUGAGACUGAACAUGAUAUCUGGGAACGAUCACAAAUUGAUAAGGCAGCAGCUAAAAUAUCUUCAGCUUCUGUAGAUGACCAAUAUGAUUAUGUAUUUGAUGAAGACCAAAAAAUUGAUUUUGUUAUGUCAGCUACCAUGAAUGAAAUGGACGCAAAAGAUGCAGAGCUUUUAGAACGUAUUGAUGCUGCAGAACGAAAAGCAAAAUCGAUUGAAGAAAUUCGAAAGUCAUUACCUAUUUAUCAAUACCGUGAUGAACUUUUAGCAGCUAUUGACGAAUAUCAGGUUCUUAUUAUAGUUGGUGAAACAGGUUCUGGUAAGACUACACAAUUACCUCAGUAUUUGUUUGAACAUGGAUUUACAAAAAAUGGUAAGAAGAUUGGUUGUACACAACCACGACGUGUCGCUGCCAUGAGUGUCGCUGCUCGUGUUGCGGAGGAGAUGGGUGUACACUUGGGACGUGAAGUAGGUUAUAGUAUUCGUUUUGAAGAUUGUACAUCUGAUAAGACAGUUAUUAAAUAUAUGACCGAUGGUAUGUUGUUGCGUGAAUUCAUGACAGAGCCCGAUUUAGAUUCAUAUAGUUGUAUGAUUAUUGAUGAAGCACCUAUUUUUAACAUUCCUGGUCGACCUUAUCCUGUAGAAAUUUAUUAUACCAAAGCCCCCGAAGCUAAUUAUUUACGUGCAGCUAUCACACAAGUGUUAACCAUUCAUGUUACUCAGGGUAAAGGCGAUAUUUUAGUCUUUUUAACAGGUCAAGAUGAAAUUGAAGCAGCUCAGGAAGGUUUAACACAAGCUUGUAAAGCUUUAGGCAGUAAAAUAUCAGAAUUAAUUAUUUGUCCCAUUUAUGCAAAUUUACCAUCAGAACAACAAUCUAAGAUUUUUGAGCCAACACCUGAGGGAGCACGUAAAGUGAUUCUAGCUACAAAUAUUGCAGAGACUUCGAUUACUGUAGACGGUGUAUCUUAUGUAAUUGAUCCCGGAUUUAAUAAGCAAAAAUCGUUUAAUCCAAGGACCGGUAUGGAAGCAUUAACAGUUGUCCCCUGCUCGCGUGCCUCUUCAACUCAACGCGCUGGUCGUGCUGGUCGUACUGGACCUGAAAAUACAGUACCGGAGAUUCAAAGAGUUAAUUUAUCUAACGUUGUGCUAUUAUUAAAGGCAUAAACGAUUUAGUUAACUUUGAUUUUCUGGAUCCUCCAGUAGAAGAUACAAUGAUUCGAUCUCUUAGUCAGUUAUAUGCAUUAGGU